AGCAGGAUUCAAGGAUAUUAAAUCUUUGAAAGCCGUACAGUAUCAAAGCGUACCGUACGGUACAGUGUACGUCUUCCAACUUGACGAAAGCCACGGCAGUUUGCGGAACCACCAACCUCUACCAUUCCAAAUUCCAACCAGAAGAAAGAAGAAGAACAAGGCAACAGUUGACCAGCACCACACACUACGAUGGAACCAUGAGCCAAGCAUCGGCGGAGGACAGUGCCCCGUCUCAACAAGGGCAAAAUGGAAAGGCUAAUGUGUUUGAUAAUACCGUGGCUGGUCUCUCUGCAGGCAUCAGUGGAACUGUGAUUGGCUACCCUCUUGAUUUGGUAAAGACAAGAAUGCAAGUGUCCAGCAAGGAUUACAAGCCAGGGACAUCACCAACUAUGUGGAGGAUGAGUGUUUCCAUUCUCAGAACGGAAGGAAUCCGAGGCCUUUUCAAGGGACUAAUGACACCAUUGGUUUCCAUGACAUUCAUGUUUUCAGCUACUUUUGGAUCCUAUGCAUGGGCACAGAACCAAGUAGGAGCACAAAAGGGUUGGGAUGUCAAGAAUGCACUUGCAGGUGGUAUCACAGCUCCUGUUACAAGCUGGGUCUCCGCCAUGGAAGGACUGGUUAAAACUCAAAUGCAAAUGGACAAUGUCGGCAAGAAACAAUAUCAUGGAUCAUGGCAUUGCAUCACCAAAAUAUCCAAAGCACAUGGAGUACCUACCUUGUUUACAGGAACAACAGUAACUACAUUGAGAGAUGCAGCAUAUCUUUGCACCUACUUUUACAUCUAUGAAGGCCUCAAGGUAACUCUCACUGGCAAUGGGUAUGAAGAUAAUGACAGCCUCAAACUUCGACCUGAGCUGGCAGUUCCACUGGCUGGUGGAACAGCAGGAGCAUUGGCAUGGCUGUCCAGUUUGCCCUUUGACUGUGUCAGAGCUGGAAUGCAGGGUCAGGAUCUAGAAAAUGCACACCGCAUCACAGGUCGACAGGUAUUCAAGGAGCUCAUGGAAUCACGUGGGGUGCGGGCACUCUUCCGUGGUGCAUUGCCAACCAUUAUGAGGGCAUUCAUUGUUAGCAGUUCAAGGUUCAGUGCCUACGAAUUGACCAUGUCUGCCUUGCAACAAAACAGGGAACAAUGAGAAACUCAAAAUGGCCAAGAAAUUCAAACUAGUCUACUCCAGAAGUAUGAGAAGAACAAUCAAGAGUCAGAUCAUUUUCCACGCCCUAACUCUCUAGUAGCUAGUAGACAACGGAUAUCUCCUAUUCUUCGCAGCAUCG